CAUCUGGAACUUUAAAGCGCCACCUGGUAUUCACACGGGAGAAAAACCGUACAGCUGUGAAGAGUGUGGGAACACUUUCACUAGAUCAGGUCAUCUCAAAACACAUCAACGUAUUCAUACUGGAGAAAAAUCUUACAGCUGUGAAGAGUGUGGGAACACUUUCACUAGAUCAGGUCAUCUCAAAAUACAUCAACAUAUUCAUACUGGAGAAAAACCUUACAGCUGUGAAGAGUGUGGGACAACUUUCACUACAUCAGGUCAUCUCAAAAUACAUCAACGUAUUCAUACUGGAGAAAAAUCUUACAGCUGUGAAGAGUGUGGGAACACUUUCACUAGAUCAGGUCAUCUCAAAUCACAUCAACGUAUUCAUACUGGAGAAAAACCUUACAGCUGUGAAGACUGUGAAGAGUGUGGGAAAACUUUCACUCAAUCAAGUGCUCUAGAAUCACAUCACCGUAUUCAUACUGGAGAAAAACCUUACAGCUGUGAAGAGUGUGGGAAAACUUUCACUCAAUCAAGUGGUCUCAAAACACAUCACCGUAUUCACACUGGAGAAAAACCUUACUGGUGUGAAGAGUGUGGGAAAACGUUCACUACAUCAGGUGCUCUCAAAACACAUCAACGUAUUCAUACUGGAGAAAAACCUUACUGGUGUGAAGAGUGUGGGAAAACUUUCACUACAUCAGGUGCUCUCAAAACACAUCUUCGUGUUCACUCAGGAGAAAACCCAUAGUGGGUUUAAGAGUGUAGGAGCCGCAUUUAAGCAUAUUUUGUUUUUUUCACAGUUUACAAUAAACAAUUCCCAUCUA